ACCCUUGACCUUGCUGGAGAGGAGGGCUGAGUGAGUGCUGUCCGCAAAUAAGAAAAUGAAUGUCAGUGAAUGCAUGAGCUCGAUUUGAAGAAGGCAUCUGUGUGAGUGAAUCUGUAUGUUUUAUAUGACAUUAAACCAUUGGAACAGCUUAUCAAGGGAUGUGCUAGAUAUUUGGAGUCUUUAAAUCAAGACAGGAUGUAUAUUUUAUCCCUCAUCCUGAUUACGAGCUCCACACCAGUGUCUAUAGAUUGGUCAAUGGCCAUUAGAAGUCCGUGUUUCCCUUGCUGUGGAGCAGCUGUUAACAUCAGGUCAUUGGCAGUUAGUGUCUAUAAUCAGAAUGUAAUGUGUGUUUGCCCCAGGCAUACAGGUUUAUGCCUGCAGUGCCCAGGAACCGGAAGGAGAUCAUCCUCAUCUCCGUGGUGGUGGUCCUCUUGGCCAUUAUCAUCAUUGGAGCCGUUCUGAUUGGAGUUUACAUGACUCAGAAACACACUGAAAAGAUCAUCCAAAUCACCAGCAGUGGAAGCAAUGGGGAAGUGACUGAACAGACGAUGAUGGUGAGCAGCCAGGAGAACGUGGCUGCCUUUCACAUCGAGGGCAACACAACCUCAGCGACUGUCGUGUAUGACUAUAAACACAGUCUCAUUGGCUUCCGGGUUCAGGACAGAAGGAAAUGUUUGGUUGUGAAGAUGGAUAAGGUCGCCAUACCCAGCCUGGCCGAAAUUACUCAGAGAAUUGAGAACUUCGCCACCCAGCAGGUCCCAGGAGACAACAGUAUGUCUUACAGCUUCCGCGAGAGGCAGCUGGCCGACCGCACGACCCUGGGCACCUCUCUGAACCUCCUAUGCAGCGAUGUCCCCAUCUACUGGGCUGAGAACAUGCAAAAAGAGCGGCGUGGAUGGAGCCUCUGUGUGGGGAUCUAUAUAUUUAGUAUUUGCUAUAAUUUUUAAACCCACUAAAAGUCUCUUGUAAUUUGUGACAAUCACUCGGUGCGGCCUGCAGUGUUUCCAUGAGCUUAGGCUGCAAUUUGGUUUUGAGCUUUCCUAUUAAAAUGAACCCUU